UCGAGUUACACAAACUCCUCACGGUGUGACACAUUUCUUCAUUAUGUCCAACUCAGAUACUGUUUUAUUCACUGUGGAUAAGAAUGGUUUUGCCAAGUGUGGACUGCCACCAGUUGAUUACAAUGACAGCUAUGACAUACGUGCUGACCACGUUGGAAGGUUAGCCAAUGCCAGCCAUAUUUCCUUUAGCCCAGAUGGGCAACUGUAUGCUGUACGUGGUUAUGAACUGUACACUGGUCCUAUGCCCCACCAUGAAGAUCAAGACUGGUUUGCUGAAGCCACAAGAGUUGGGAAAGCUAACUGGGAUAAAAUAAAAUAUUUCUUCUUCCAUCCUAAGGGUGACCUCUAUGUAUUAACAACUGACGGAAAGCUCUACAAGGGUCCAGCCCCAAACAAUGAAGAUGUGUCAUGGAUGUAUGGUCAGGCUACGAAGAUAGGAAAUUAUAACUGGGAUAAACUUAAUGCAGUUUUCUUUGACCCAGAAGGUAUUUUGUAUGCAGUGACCUCUGGUGACAGUCUUGUGAUGGGAAAACCUCCAACCAACCCAGCAGAAGAGUGGGAGCGCAAUGCAACAACUAUUGGAACUGGUGGUUGGCUCCCUCUGACAUAUUUUAUAUCUUUCAGCUCUGAUGGGUAUCUGUGGUGUGUUCGUAAAGAUGGUCAAAUAUUCAGAGGACCACGGCCAACUGUACAGGAUUCUCACUACAUUGAUAAAGCAACCUGUAUGGGUUAUGAUUAUGAUAUGUACAGAUUCCUUUCUUUCACCAGAGAUCGCACUGUUCAGAGUAUUAUCAGCUUUGAAUUUUUGCCUGAUGAAGGGAAAACGGUGUCAGAAAGCCUGGAGAUCUUGGAAAGCCAAAAUUUUGUGAACACACAAAGCUCUUCCCCACUACAGUGCACAUUUUCGUUUACCAAGACCAUAAAAAAUACCAGCGUAUUUACCCAUGAGCACGGAUUCACAUUUGGAGUUAAAGCAGAACUCACAUUUAAAGCUGGAAUUCCUUUUAUUGCUGAAUCAGAAUUAAAGAUUGGAAUAGACUUCAGCACUUCUCACAAAUGGACCUUCAGUGAAACCAAUGAAACAACGGAGACGUAUUCCAUGUCCAAUACCUUUAACUUGCAGCCGGGUAAGGCUGUGCGCCAAGUAGCAUCAAUCAAAAGAGCCCAAAUGCAUGUGCCGUAUCGUGCUAAAGUCCGUACAAUGUUUGGCAACGAAAUCACCAUGUCUGGAGUGUGGCAAGGAGCAUCCACUUUUAACCUGAUGGUGAAGCAGGAAGACAUUUAACAGAACAGUAAACUCUUUUCUUCAUCUUAUAUUACUUACAUAGUUAUUGUGACCUAAUUUGUGGAUUCCCCCAAUGUGACACCUUUAGCGCAAUAAAUACACAAGAACAUAACACAUAUCAGAGAUAGUGGCCCAUCUAUUAUGGAACCUUAAAAGGGACAGAAAACAAGUUGGGAUAGAGACAAAAUAAUAAAAUAUGUACUAUAAUUACUUUACCUGCAAAUUAUUACUGCAGUGCCUCACCAUUAACCCUUUAUUUUUAGUUUCUGAAUUGUAAAGCUCUAACUCCCCCCACACAAUUCCUUUUAUGGCUGUAUCUAUGUUUAUUGUCCUUUUGGUAGAAUGGAAAAGUGAAUAGGGACUAUCUGCUGGGCAUGCCUAGAAGCUGUGAACUUAGUUGAAAUACAAUGCCUGUGUCUAAACACUGAUAAGGGGGGUGGACUUAGCUGUUCCAGGCAGUUUAGCUAUGUAAUUCAUUUUGCUUAUUUUUGAAAAUUAUUUUGAAAUACUUGCCAGCAAUUUUUAAACAUUUUUUUAAACUAUUUUAAAUUAAUUAUCCCUUUUAGGAUAUGCACAGAUCUCAACCUGUUUUAUGGCACUUUAACUCUGUGAGUAGUAUAAGGUGUUUUUUUUCCAUUUAUUGUCUCUUUACCGUCCAAAGUCACCCGCCUGGUCUUUUUAACUUUAUUCCAAAUGUUUUCCUUCCUGCAGCUACUAAGUAAUCAAGAAUAAAGAAUCAAUAUAUUAAUAUGUAUUACUUGUGUAAUAUAAUUCUGUAUACCGCCUAUCAUUUAUUGCAGAGAUAUGUAUAAGAAUAAGGAAUCAAUAUAAUAUGUAUUACAUGUCUAAUAUAAUUCUGUAUACCGCCUAUCAUUUAUUACAAAGAUAUGUAUAAGAAUAAAGAAUCAUUAUAUUAAUAUGUAUUAUAUGUCGGAUAUAAUGCUAUCAUUUAAUUACAAAAAGUUAUG